AAACACGACUUUUUUCAUCUCGUAUCGUCGAGACGUUUUCCGUGCUUAAUAGUUCGCAGCGAAAGUCGUUCCGCCGUCACUCCAACGAUCUGAUCCAUCCCAUGCUCCCUGGCGGCAUGGGGUCACACAGAGCACCUCCCGGAGGGCUCGAUUCAGCCCUAGCAGCCGCCUCGGCCGCCGCUGCAGCAGCAGCCGGACCCGCGUCCCCCUACCAAGCCCCGCUUCGCGCUCCCCCAGGCGCCCCCGUCCCGGACCCGCGCCACCACCCCUUCGCCCCUCCGGCGCGCGCCUUCCCCGGUUCCCCCGCCAACCCCGCCUCCCCGGCUGCUGCUACAGCGGAUGCUGAGGCGGCGGCGGCGGCGGCCGCGGCGGCUGUAGCGGCUGCCGUGUUUCGGCCGGCUGGCGGGGUGCCGUCCCCGCCUGUGUCCGCGGGGCGCGCGCAAUUGGCGGCGGCGAAGCAGCAGCAGGCGGUGCAGGAGCUGCUGCGCCAACAACAGGCGCAACCGCAGGCGCAGGGGAGGCCGCAGCAGGCGCAGAAGCCAUCCCCGUUUCAUCAGGAGCUGGAGCAGCAGUUGAACCAGCUGUCGCAUAGGAAUUCACCAGACCAGCCGCGGUCGCCGCAGCAGCAUCCGCAGCAGCAGGCGCAGCAGCAGAGAGGCGCGAUUGACCUGGGUGCGCUGAGAGGGAGGCUGGCAGCAGCGGAGGAGAGAGCGAUUGGAGGCGAGAAGGAGCGGAGGCGGUCGCUGGACAGACUGAACGCCAGCCCGUCCCCGUCUGUGAGCUCCCGGUCCGACCCUGGCGCUAUUGGUGGCGGUGGCGGGGAUGGCAAGGACAGGGAGAAGGAAGUGCAGGAGCUCAAGGCGAGGCUUGAGGCUGCAGAGGAACGAGCCUCCGAUGCAUCACUGGAUUGCAAGAGGCUGUUUCAGGAGCGUAACCAGCUCAGGCAGCAACUGGCCGUGCAGCAAGCUCUGCCGGCAAACGCAAAGAAGAAGCAGGAAGCAGCAGCAGCAGCGAUUGCAAAACAAGUAACCCCCACUCCCUCCACCCUUCUCUCCAACCCUCGCCCUUCCCCGUCCUUUCAGGCAGCGCAGCAGGCUCUGCUGGCAGACGCUAAGAAGCACCAGGAAGCAGCAGCUGCGGCUGCGAUCGCGAAACUAACCGUUGGUGGUGGUGUGGGUGUGGAGGCCGAGAGAGAGAAGGAGGCUCACAGGAAGCAGAUACAGGCAAUGGAAGAAGCGAUGAGAGAGAAAGAGAGGCACGUGCGAGAGCUUGAAGAGAAAGUGAGAGAGCUGGAGGGGAGGUUGAAGGAGAUAGAGGAAAAGAGGGGGAAGGAGGCGGAGGAGUGGGUAGCGCAGCAGGAGAAAGGGAUGAAGGAGGAGGAGGAGGUGAGGGGCGCGCAGGAACGGAAGGUUAAGGAGCAGGAGGGGAGGAUCGAGGAGCAGGAGAGCAGGAUUGCGAAGCAGCAGGAUAUUAUAGAAGAGUUAGAGGACACGAUUGAUGGUCAGGAGGCGAAGCUGAAAGCGCAGGACGAGAGGAUUGAAAUGCAGGAGGGUAGUAUCAGAGAGUUAGAAAGUAAGGUUGAGGAGCAUAGGGGCACUAUUAGCGAGCAGGAGAGGACGAUUGAGGAGCAGAAGGGGAGGAUCGAGAGCCUGGGGGGGCAGGUGGGGGAAUUGCAAGGGAAGCUGGCUGAGGUGGAGGAGGAAGGGAGGAAGAAGGGGAGUGUUGGGGGGCAGAGGGAGGAGGAGGUUAGAGCGAUGGAGAGGAGGGUUUUUGAGAGAGAGGAGAGGCUGUUAGUGCGGGAGGACAGGGUGAUUGAGAGGGAGGAGAAGGUGAGUGUGCGGGAGGAGCGGGUGGCGGAGAGGGAGGAGAGGGCGAGGAGGAAGGAGGAGGAGGGGGAGUACGGUCGGCAGGUUGCUUUGAGCCAAGCGGUUGCCAAGGAUAAGGAGGAAGCACUGGCGAAGCAGGUGCAGCAGUGGAAGGCAGAGGCAGAGGCACACAAAGCAGCAAGCGCCAAGUGGGAGGAAUCAUACUGCAAGGUUCAGGAGGAGCUUGAAAAGAUGAGGGCUGCAGCGUCUGCUGCUGCAGCAGCAGCAGCCAGCAGCGAGGGGAGAGAAGAGGAGCUGAAGCAAGCACAGGCGGAGCUGCAGCAGCUGAAGCAACUGCAGCAGCAGGCAGAGCAGCAGGCGCAGCAGCAGGGCGCGGAAUGGGAGGAGAAAAAGGCUGAAUGGGAGCAGAAGCUGCUGGAGAAAGAAAAGGAGGUGCGGAAAGCGCGGGCAGAGGCUGAUGGGGUCCGGAGGGAACUAGAGAGGGUGAAAGCCGAGAGGGAGCAGGAGAGGAACGCGCUGCUGAACAAAGCACCGUCGUUCGGGAGGGAGAGGGAGCAGCAGGAGUGGAGGAGGAAGGAGGCGGAGUGGCUGGCGAAGGAGCAGGAGCUGAUAGAUGUUGCGGUGGAGGUGGAGGAGGAGGCGGAGAAGCUAAGAGGACAGCUGGAGGGGAUGAGAGUUGAGGUGGAGGAGUGGAAGGGCAAGGCGGGGGGGUUGCAGGUGGAGUUGGAAGGUGCGAAGAAGGCUGCUGCACUGGCGGCACAGGGGAGCGUGGGGAAGGAGGUGCUGCUGAAGGAGCAGGAGCUGCGGCAGCAGGCGCAGGACAAGGCGGAGGUGCUGGCAGUGAAAGUGGCGGCGAUGCAGGAGGAGCAGCGGCAGGCAGAGCAGCAGCGCGCGGAGCUAGAGAGGAAGGUGGCGGAGCAGCAGAGCAACAUCCGCCACCUGCAGAGCUUUGCUGCUGAGACAUCCUCCACCUCCAAGGCCCAAGUUGCCAAGGCUCAGGAGGAGAUCGAUUACCUGCGCGCACAACUGGCGAAGGCUGCUCAGGCUGCAGUGGCAUCAAGGCACAACGUCAGCAGCAGCGAGGCAGAGAAGAAGCAGAUUGCUGAGAUGAAGGUUCAGCUGGCAACGGUGCAGGAGAAGCACCAGCGGGCAUUAGAGGAGGUGAAGAGGCUGAAAGAGGCGGCUGAAGCAGAGCAGAGCAAGGCGAGGGCCGCAGUGGCCCAGCAGCAGCAGCUGCAAUCGCGGAUAUCAACUGAUGUGGAUUUCUCCAGCAUUUCCUCGUCUUCCUCUCCCUCCACCUCUCCUCCCUUCUCCACACACUGUUACCUCCCCCCCACACACUUCCCCUCCCAAAACCCUCCACCACCCAACCCCCCUUCCUCCCGCUUCCCCCGUUCCCCGUCCCCUCCCAUUCUCCCCUUUAUUUCCCCAUUUCUCCCCCUUUUCUCCCCCCAUUCCCCCCUCCCCCCCUCCACGUCUGCUCUGUGCUUCGUGUGCAUGCAGGCCGCAUGGACCGACGCAACAAACCGGCUGCAGCAGCAGGUGGACAAGCUGAUGAGCGACAUGCGGGCGUUAGAAGCUUCCCUCGCUGCAGUGGAAGCGGUGGACAGGUGGACCAAUCACAGGGUGAAGCUGAUGCAGCAGCAGCAGGGGUUCACGUGCUCUGGUUGCCGGUCGUACGGGGUUGGGCUGUCGUGGCGGUGCCUAGCGCCCCAUUGCCCAGAUGCGUUCCAUGUGCAGUGCUUUGGGAUGAGAUAG